UGUUUAUCAGCGUGUAGCGCAGCGCUACCAUCACCUCCUCCAGACAGCGAGGCCUAUUUACCUGACCAGGGAGUUGGCAUCCAUCCUUCGAGCUCGCCAUUUAACCAGGGCUUCCGCACUUACAAUUCAUCCUGAUCGUAUAUAAAGGUUUCAUUACAGAACCCAUUAUCCGCUUCAGCUAAGACUGUAAAAUCGCUGCAGCUCGUCGACUUGCCAGUCCCCUUAACCAGCUUUGACACGUACUUCCAUUUACCACUAUUGUAUUGCAUUUGUACCCGGGAGCUCUUGCUGUCAGCCGCGUGCUGCCGAGUGAGAGGAGCAGCUGGAGGAGCCCUGAGUCUGCUAGCAGCGUUGUAUAAGCAGGCCCUCCACACGUGUACACGUUCCGCUCGGCAAAAUGUGGAGCUAGAAGCCAGAGUUUCUGUGCGCGCUGGAAAGCGUGACGCCAGCCAUUCUAGCUUGAGGCCGAGGCAGCAGCACCUCACGGCACAAUGCUGUGCGGCUGCCUGCCCAUGGGCGGUGGUGACCGUCGCAGCGUCACCACCCGCACAGCCGCGCCGAAGCCGCGACCAAAAAGCGCUACAAACGGCAAGGGACGUCCCAAGAGCGGUGUCAAGGACCCGGAAAACCUCUACGCGAACGGGUUGGUGGUGACGUCUGCAAAAAAGGGCAAGCUGGCGCCGGAGCCCGCGCCGCGGCGGGGCAGGCGCAACCGGGGCGACGAUGGAGAAGACGCUGAUGAGAAUGCACCCAGCGACGAGGAGGAGGACCCCAACUCCAACGCAAUCUUGCGGCCGCGAACUGCCGGCGGCAGCGUGAUCGCCGUCGGCGCGCCGCCCGCCGCCGCGCCGCCUUCGCCGCUGCGCAGCCGCCUCGCCGCCGCGGGCUCAGCCACAGGUCCCUCAGGGCCCGGGCCCAGCCGCCUGGGUGUCUCCUCUGGUCCCAGCGCGAGCCUCGGCAGCGGUGUGGGCGCAGCUCGCCCGGCCUUCAGUGCCAGUCCAUUCGAUCCGCGGCCUGCGCCGGUGCGCCUGGAUGAGCCGUUGCCGCCCGCGCCCGCGGCAUCAGGGCCCAGCGCCGUCAGCAUCAUUGACGCUAAGAAGAAGGAAGCGGAGGAGACCAAGGACGCGGCGACUCGGUUGCGGGAGCUUCAGGAACGCAACCGGCUCAAGUCGGCAGGCGGCCUGGGCCUGGGCCUGGGCCUGGGAGCCACCACGCCGCCUUCGCAAGGAGGCGGCAUGGGCAUGGGCAUGGGCAUUGGCGGCGGUGGCUGGCCGGCGCAGCCGCACCAUCCGCACCAGUCGCAGUUCCCACACGACAUGAGCGCACUGCCAGGCGGCGGCAGCAGUGGUGUUCACGGGGAAGCCAGCUUUACUGCAGGCGCCAAGCCGCGCCUGGCACCGCUGGGCGGGCCAGGGAGCGGCGCCGGCGCCGCCGGCCACCAGGCGGCCGCGGCCGCCGCCGCUGCCAGCCUGGGCAUCAACAGCAAGACGAAUCUCACGUGGCUCGUGGAGUCACCGGUCGGGUCGCGGCAGAGCUCGGUGUCGGCGCCACACGGCGCCGCGGGCAUUCCCGGCUCGCUUCCCUCGGUUUCCCAGCACAGCCUGAGCGUGGCUGCUGCGGAGGCAGGCGGGCAUCAUACACACUCGCGUUUCGCGCAGCAGCCGCAGGCCCCGCAGGCGGCCGCACCGACCGCGUACCCCGCGCUGCGGAACUCCGCGGCGCAGCUAGAGGCGCAGUUGCUAGCCGCGGCGGCGUCCCCGCCGCGGCACGCUGCAGGUGGCGGCACCGGGUUUGGCUCAGCUGUCGGCUCCGCUGCAGGCACAGCCAGCGGCGCGGCUCCCGGCGCAGGCGGCAGCGGCAGCGCCGGCCACUCCGCCAGCGGCGAGCAGGCGGUCUUUGCAUUUGCCUCGCACAUCCCGCUGCCUGGCGCGCGGCCGGGCAACCGCCCUGGCGGUGCCGCGGGCUCGAGCUUGGCGCCGCUGGAGGGGCAGCAGCAGCAGCAGCAGCAGCAGCAGCACCACCACAGCACGCCAGGCUCGCUGGGCGGCGGCCUCGGGGCCGCGCACGUGUCACACGGUGCUGCAGGCUACCACUCCCAAUCCCUGAGCGGCACCGGCGGCGGUGGAGCCAAUUUUGAUGGGUUGGCAGCUGGCAGCGCGGCCGGUGCUGGCGGCGGGAGAGGGCUGCAGCACCAGGGGUCAUCUGGAAAGGGCUCCUUUGGGCGUGGCGGCAUGCAGGCGCCGCCGCAAGGCCCGAACCUCACGGCCUCGACGCCGCAUGAGUCGGGCUUGACACGCACAACUCCCCUGGGCGGCGGCGGAGGCGGAGGUGGGUUCGGUCUCGCCGCGGAGUCGUACGGCGCGCGGCCUGUGACCCCCGCGGAGCGACGCAAGGAGGCGGCGGCCGCCAAUGAGGCAAUGCUGUCGUCGUUGCUGGGGGGCGCCGGCGGCGGCGUCGACUUCGCGUCUGUCAAGGCGCAUGGCGUGAGUGCGGGGGCGGACCUGGAGCGCUUUGACCGCGUGACGGAGGCCAUGGGGCGCCUGGAUGACCUGCUGGCGGCGCCGCCACCCAGCAGCGCCAUGCGGCCGCGCACCGCGCUCAAGUCCGAGAACCCCGCAGCUGACUUCCUGGGGGCGACAGCGCCAGCAGGCUCGGGCAUGGGCGCGGGUGUCUCGGCGUGGUGAUUGGGGCGGGGCUGGGGGUAAGGGUGAUCACGUCGUGGCGGUGGGAGUCUAGGCCUGGAUGUCGUGUGGUGGUAUUAGGCUUUGGGGCGGCGGGAAUGGUGCUGGUGGGUACGCUGUGUGUGGCGUGUGGUGGUGUGAUGACAGUACAAAGGUUGCAAAGGAACGUUCAGUUGUUGGACGUGGGUUGUGCAGGUUCAACAUUCUGAAGCUUUGUGGAAGUCAAGUCUUACCGUAUUCCCUGCCGGUGGCUUACAUAUACAGUUCCCGCCACCGGCGAGGCGGAACAAUUCGUGAGCUGUGACGGGGGAUUCACCUCUUCCUGGCUGUAUUGUGUGGGCGUUAAUUGCAUGCUCAAAAUUGUAGAGCUUUAGGAGAGCGUGUGGGGACGCCGCGUUGGCGAGAGCCACGAAUGGCCCAAUACAGUGGGGGCAUGUCGCACCCGUGGAGGGCCCUGUAGGCGUAGCGAUAGGCAGGAUGGCUCAGAGUUCUUAUAUUGUAUGGCAUCUCUGACAUACCGUACGUAUUGCAUGGUGCAGCUUGACUGCUUGUGUUGCCGUCGAAAGCGGCGGCAUGGACGUUGUGCACGUGGUGUGUGGCUGCACGGCCGGCUGUUACCGUCAGCCGACGGGCUACAGGUGUGGCCGUCAUUGGGACCGUACUCCCUGUCCAUUGGCGUCCUCAAACCGGCUUAUGACUAAGUCCAAAACCAUAAAUUCGGGCUCCCUUUUCUGCCUUGCCGCGUCUGUUUUCGCCCCUGCUUGUCAUACUGCGCGCGGCCAUUGCUUUGCUGCAUACUGUUUGCAAUUUCUCUGCGGUGGCCUCUGCCCUCUGGUGCUCAUGCGUGGGCGCUGGUCAUCUUCUUUGUCUUC